AUGAGGCAUCAAGGUCAAUCCCGACAAAAUCAAGGCCAUAGAAGGAAUCCCAGAAAAUCUAACCAGCAAAAAGCAAGUGCAAAAGCUGACCGACCAGAUAUCCGCCCUGUCCAAAUUCAUCUCGCGUCCUCCGAUAGGUGCCAUAAAUUUUUUGGCGUACUCAAAAAGGAUAACGUACUCCAAUGGAAUUCCGAAUGCAUCAAUGCCUUACAAGAACUAAAGGCCUACCUUUCUUCACCACUGUUGCUCGCUAAGGCAGAACCUGGGGAGCGCCUCCUCGUCUACCUGGCCGUGUCCGACGUCGCAGUGAGUGCUGUCCUGGUGGAAGCAGGUGCAUUUGCUCAGAUACACGAACAAGAAGUGAUCACCUUCAUAUGGCAGAACAUCAUAUGUCGUUUCGACAUUUCUAAGGAAAUCGGUUAUGACAACGAACCUCAAUUCACAGGGAAAAAGGUCGUCGAGUUCUUUGAGAAGUGGAACAUCAAAAGAAUACUCUGCACGCCAUAUCAUCCUACUGCCGACAGCCAAGCUGAAUCCUCCAACAAAACAAUAUUGAAUAUCAUGAAAAAGAAACUCGAAAACGCCAAGGGUCCGUGGCCAAAAGUGCUUCCAAGAGUGUUAUGGGCAUAUCACACCACACCAAAUACAAGCAUAGGGGAAACGCCAUACUCACUAGCCUAUGGGACUGAUGCAGUGAUACCAUUUGAGGUCGGGGAACCAAGCCUGAGAUACUCAAAAGAAAGCGGGCCAAGCAACAACGAGAAUAAAAGGCAAUAUCUCGACGAGGUCGAAGAACGAAGAGACAUGGCUUACAUAGGAAUGGUGGCCCAGAAGAAACAAGUAGAGCAAUAA